CCUUUGCGCCAGCUUUCACGUAACCAGCCGUUGCUAUCAACUUCAAACAGCCUUUCGGAGCCUGUCAGCGGUGUGUGUCGCCUGCCUGUGCUGCUUCUCCUUCUGGCCUGACAACUGGAAACAUGCUGUCUUUCGCUUUCAGACAACUCACACGGGUAAGUUUAGGAUAAACCGCAGUUUUUGUGUCACUUAUUCUCUCAUGAGUUGCGUAACUUGCAGGUGGAAGUGUUGGUUAGCUUAAUGCCAGUGUUGCUCAAUACUAACGUCCAGUCCAGGGGGUCGAAGUUGUCUUCGGCCUUCAUGAGAUUGGCUAUUUUUUUUGCUGACAGGGAAUUAUUUACAGCAGCGGUUACAGUUUUCUCGUUUGCACUGUAUUUCGAAACCCUGACGAUUGUUUGUUAGCUGUGAAGCUAGCAGGCUAGUUGUGAGUGCAUGUUACAUACACAGCUGCAGCUGAGUCCACGCAAUGAUGCAACAGCGACUGUUCAGUUUCAUCAUGUGGGGAGAGAGCGAGAGACAAUACAGAUCACUCAGGUCUCCUUUCAGUCUCUAUUUGUCGUUUAAAUUUGUAAAUUUUUUAAUUUAACUCUGUCCUUUUUAAAACUACAUUGUCUUUAGGUAAUAAUACACUUUAAAUGACCAUUACAGAGGUGACUUGGACUCAGUGAGGAGCUCCGAUCAAAAUACAGAUAACACUAGAGAAAGUUAGGUACAGUGAUGUAUUAUUAACCAGUCAGAGGCCCCAAUAACGUCCAAAGUGCAAAAUAAAGCUCAAGGUGCACCAGGCAAAUAUUGUUUACUGCUUUUAGAUAAUAAUAAAGCAGAUACAGUUUUAUUUUCCUUUAACAUUUGAAGUUAAAGUAGGCCUGGGCGAUUUCACAAAAAAAAUGAUCACGAUAUAUUUUGCCGUAUCAUCCGAACUCGAUUAUUAUCACAAUUUUUUUUUUAAACUGCCAGUUUUAAAGUAUCUGUACUAAAAGCUAAAGAAACUAGAGAUUAGUUCAACAUUUUAUUAACAUACGAAGUAAAUAACUAAGAAUAAGAUACACUUCAAAAAAUAUAUAAAACCAUUUUAACUCAACAGUACAGCAAAUGUAGAUAAAUACUAAAUAAUACAGUGAAUUAGUUUACAGUCCUGAGUGUUUUUGCAGGUAUGCAAGACCCAAAAUAAACAAAAAUCCCCCUCAGAGAUAAUGAAGACGCCUUAAAAUGUAAACAUUAGAUGAUGGAAAUGUAGAUGAUAUGAUUGAUCGCUGCUUUGGUCUGGUGGCUGCACCGCAAGUUGUGGCUAAACUGCUAAUGCUACUUGUGCCGUCAGCAGUGACAGGCUAAGCAGCCUCCGCUCACAUUUUCAUGUUUUCCGCAAAAUCACUCAGGAAGUACUUCUUCAAAUGAUUUACAGAUAUGUUGUUUUUCCAGUUUUUGAGGGCACCAACCGCCGACAUACCUUACACAUCGGCUUAAUUACUCUACGUCACUUUAGAGAUAACCGAACCACCGCCACACAACUGACGUUGAAUAACUUCUUAACAAUAACAUCUUCUGAGGAUGACUCAAAGUCAUGGCUGACAUCUAUUUUGCUGCCCUCAGCUCUGCUUUUGGCAGAGGUGAGCAGGAAAAGUUCGACUCUGAUUGGUUGUUGUGACGCACAUUUCCACUAUGUUUGAUCGAGUAAAUAUGCUCACAGCUCAUCACCGUGAUUGAACUAAAAUUUAUCACGAUCAUAUAAUCCAGUCCUACCAGUGAGUGUACCUGCGAAUACUCAGAGAAGGCCAGCCAGACUUGGCAAGUUCGCAAUGAUGUGUAACAAAUCUCAGCACACAGUGAUAGACAGUCAUAAUCAUUCAACUGUUUCACCGGUGUUGAAAAUGCAGACUAAAAAUCGAGAAAAUCAACAAUAUUGUAGAAUCGCAAUCUAAAUGAACUGACUCCAGAGAACAGCAUAUCAUCCCAGCUCUACUGAUAAACAUCUUCCACUUUUUUCCCCACCAGUUUUGAGUUAGCUUGCCUGCUUACGCUCUUGCCUGUUGGUCACUCGACACUUUAUGCUGCACUGGAUAGAUGUAUGGCCAAAUAAACAUGCUCUGCACAUCCACACAUAUACAGAUAUUGUCAGAGCAAAUUUUAAACAAUCAGAGGAGAGGUUGUAGCAUUUACAGACAAGUGCAUAUCCAUUCAAAAGUAAAAUCACAGCCUUUGUUACAUAACAGAAACUCAUUUUACAACACUACAAGUAUCUGUCUCAUUUACAACCUUAUGCUACCCCCACGUGUGCUUAAGAUCAUGACUUAAACUAAGGGUUACUAUAGUUCUCCAUAUACAUUUUUAUCUUAUGUUUUUAGAAUCUGUUUCCCUCCUUUUUUCUGCCUCUGUUGAUGCAUACUUUUUCGCCCAGUGAUGUAACUUCAGUCAACUAUAAAAGUUUUAUAGUUUGACAACAUUUUAUCAAACAGAUUGUUUGAAAAAAUGUUCAGGAUGAUACAGAUGUUGAAAAUUUGUGAUUGAAGGAUAUUAUUGGCCUAAUUUUUAACUUCAUGAAGUGACCUAUUUCUGGGCUGAUGUGAAUUCCAUGCAAUAUUUCAGAGAGAACUUGGCCUUUGUAAGUCUUUGCCAAAAUCAUGUGUUCAGACCUACUUUCCUAAGUCACUGUCAGCUUGUUUGAACUUUAAUACUGUACACACUGAUUCACAUGCAUGCAUGCGGUUUCUAUUAGUGCUAAUUGUUAGUGUGCGUUUCCCUCACAUGAUUCCUUAUUUCCUUUGGCGGAGGCCGCUGUGUCUUCACAGUGUCCACGGUGAAAGAUAUCAGUCAGUUUGCGAGCACUUAUCUGUCGUUGCAGUUGGUCUUUUUUUCCAACAGGGAAAGUUAGGAUCAGUUUGACAACAGCUUAGACUCAAACACCCUACUUUUAUGACUUGGAUUUACGUAAGUGGGUCGUCUGUUGCAUCAGAUAUUACAGUGUAAGAAAAACAGAUUGUUUUGGCCUUAGCUGGGGUGUUUGUUUUGAUCGCAGCUUUAAAACAGUUUCAUGUUAUGUUGAUUUCACAGCUCCUACCGUUCUUAAAGUGGUGCAUCUGUUGUCAAGAGGAUUUUGAUCUUACAGUUUAAGCAUGUGUCUCCACUUUCUGCAAGGUCAGGUGCUGAUCUCGGCAGAACUAACCUGAAAAAAUUCAUCGUUUAGUUUAGUUUAGUUUGUAUUGACUGUGUAGCAGCUAUAUUUAUGUAAGAAGCAUGAAAAAUAUACUACGAAGGCACCUCCCAAAGGCCUUUCAAAGCAAAAUGCUGAUCUGUUUUUUCUGUUGAGAGACUCCUCUUUUUGUAUUUCCACUCGAUGCUUGUACUCUGGAGCUGUGUCAGGGUAGUCAUUUGGUAAAAGAAGGGACUUGCAAAGGAUAAAAAGUUGGCAAAACUCCCUUUUGCUGCAGGCAAGUUUUGUUAAUUAUGUAAUCCUAACUCCGGGUCAUGGAAAAUAUAAAUUCUGUCCCUUUCAUGUGUCUGCCCAGCUGUCUCUGGUCAGCUAGUAAACAACCCCUGACACUGUUCCAACACCUGAAAACAUCCCCUGAUGUGAAAAAAGUGAAUGAAACAGAGCCAUAAUUCAUUAUGCUGUACCGUAUGUGAUAAACAAAAUGACAACAGGUUAUGGGACAUAUAAAAUCACCAUUAAGUGUUAUCCAUUAGUCAUAAUAGUCAGCAAAUCACUACUUAAAAAAGCUGACAUGGACUUUGCACUGAAGAUUAGUUGUGCUUUGUUUCUCUGUUUGUGAGGAGACCUACUGCACUUUGGCAUUUGGUGCAAACAACGACUAUCUGUCCUGUUUUUGUGUUCUACAGUAAAAGAAAAAAUUCUCAGUAAUCAAGUAAAAAGAGGCAAACUGGAUCUUUUUAAUCCUACUGUUUAGACAGACUCAGAAAUAGUUUUUAGUAGGGCUGGGCGAUAUGGCUUCAAAUCAAUUUCCCAAUAUCGAGCAGUUCACCUCGAUAACGAUAAACAGACGAUAAAUGGAUGAUAACUACUCCACAAGCUGAUCAACCCUUCCUGAAUUAACUUCGUCUACUUCAGCCGCUACAACUUCUGAACCGUCCUCCAUCUCCUCACCUGUCUUUCCCUCUUUUUUACAGACUGGAUGGGGUGGAGUCAUGUCUCUGAUGUAGGACAGCGUCUGAAAGGAACAUGAGACCAUAGCGUACCUACACACAUCCAAAACCAACUUUGAUUUAUUUAUUUUUGACACCAAAUAUACCGAUAUGGGCAAAAGAAGUCGGUUUUUGUCUUAAUUUUCUGUAUUGGUAAAUUUUCGGUUCAUUGUCCAGCCCUAGUUUUUAGUUUAAUCACCUCUCAUUCAUUGAGACCACUUAAAUGGCUUUACAUAUAUGAAUAAACAAGCUAGCAGUACUAUGCCAGUGGAAAUCUUUUAACUCUGGCUUUUCCAGUACAGUAAAACUCUCUUAUUAAGGUUUUGUUUUAUUGCUUUGUCCGCUCUUUGAAAGGUGGAUGUUUUGAACCUGCUUGGUUUACACUUUUUAAUGCUAUAUGGCAGCUACUACCUUUUAAAAUGUUAAGCACCCCUCACGUCAAGUUCAGCUAUAACACUUCCUAAGCAAAUAACAAAUCUGCCAGUGUAUCCAGAUAAAACUAAUGCAUGCCUGUCAAGCUGAUCACAGAUUUUUAAAAGAGCAGUCCGCAUUUAACAAUAAUUCACUUUGAACAGCUUCUCUGUGAAGACGUGUGUCUUUGUCUGAGUGUCACACUGAGAUUAGAAAAUCAUAACAGGCUUUUUUUUUCAGUCAUUUCUAACAGUUUAAAGACAAAUGCUUUGAUUGAGAUUAGAGUCAUCACAUUCAUGAUUGUUGUUUUUUUUUGUAAAAACAUUGUGCACUUGACAGGGACAGUCGGACAGUUGUGGGAACAGGGUUGAGGAAGGCCAGGCUUUGACCCCAGCUUUGUCAAACACGCAGUUGAUAACAUGCACUCAGUUGUCCUCAGACUCCAGGAAGCCUAACAUGAAGCUCUUUCCUCUAUCAUUUUCCUCACUACCAAAAAUGUUGAGGAAAGAUUACAACAUAAAUGAAUCAUUCGGCCGCCUACACCUCUUGAAGAUUGGCCGUGUUGCAGCUAUCGCUUAGGACUCUGAUUGUCACCCUGACAACCCUGUGACCCGAAAAGAGUUGAGUCGCUCUGGACUCUGCCUCCGUCCCUCCCUUCACGCCUCUUCACCCCGUCCAGAUUUCUCAGUCUAGUGUUAUCCAGACUGAAUCACGGGGCAGUUUGUAACGGACAGCCCUGCUAUUAGUCAGUGACAGGGAAAGAGGCGACUGUGUGUCAGACUGACGGAUGCUGCUGCCCUGUUGACACUUCUUCUCUCCAACCUUACGCAUCUGUUUUUUCUUCAGUCCCUCUUCUCCGUCCCUUCUGUUUCUUCCUGUUACCGGGCUGAUUGUUGUUUGGUACAGCCACUGAUGGACAGCAGUCAUCUGUAAAAUUGACUCGCCUCAGGAGCUGCUGCAGGAAAUGGGCAAAAAUAAUACAGAACAAGGAUUAAUGAAAUGAUUUCCUUUCUUCCCUUUUCCUCUUCUGUGCUAUUGCUCUUUGGGCACAGAUGUUUGACAGGACAGGUAAACUGCCAACAUUUACCUUAUCAUUGUCACGCAGAUGCACUGCAUCCGCGACUCUGCCAUUGUUUUGUGCGCCGCUCUCGAGUUGAUGUGGCCCAUCCCGCCCCUUUUCUCACAGCAGAGUUUUCAUCAAGUUCACCUUCAAACGACAGCGUCAUCUGUCGCCUAAAUAUAGUCCUGCUGUGACAUAUUUGGUGCUCGUAUCUUGGCUCUCACUUUUCUUGGAUCAGUUUACCUCGUGUUUAUUAAUUAAUCUCUCCUAAUGAUCAGCGCUGACAAACGAGGCAGGAAAGAGAAGCAGUGGACCACAGGGACUGACCUGUGUACUGUUUGUUUAAGCACAGCGAUGUCCCUGUUGGGGCGUCAUGGUAGUGAUAUUCAUAACAGCACAAACUAAUAAGAAGUGCACCUGUGUGCGCUUCUAUUCUGAGACUGUUUAUUCACAAAGCGACGGGAUCAGGGGAAAAUGGGAACACUAGGAUAAAGGUGGAGGUGAGGAAGGAGAAGAUGCACCCUUGUCUGUUUCGCAACCAUCAGUAUCGCCAUAACCGCAGCGGUCUUGGCUUGUGUUGGGUUUUCUGACACUGCUCUCCCUGGCACUGGAGUGUCCCGGCAGAAACGCAGACAGCAGAGGACAGUUCCCGUCAAGAUUUAAUGACCCGUGUGAUUUCUCUGCGAGAGAUGCGUCCUCAGAGGCAGCCCAACCUGUCUCCCCAGGCCUUCAUCUCUUCCGGAGCCCAGAAGGGGGGCCCUCUCCUCUUUUUUCCCACCUUCAACACCGCCAGCGGUGACGGAGGGCUGUGUUAGAGACUGUUAGGAAUCGGUCAUUAAUGUGCCAAACGCCACCCCUGGUAUGCCGCCACUGUCCCCUCUGCUGCCCCGGGGAGCAGAUGAAGAGGCGGAGUAGAGAGGCUGGGCCGACCGGCGAUGGAGUAGAUAAACUAUCUGCAAGCUGUUCCUCGGGAUAAAGAUUUUUUUUUUUACACUGUUGUCAUUUAUUUUUCGCUAAGAGACUGAGGUUGACCAUUUAGCAAUGCCAAGAUGAUUCAACACGAUUUUGUUUCCAUCGAAGAAAAAAAACAACAACAAUUUUCAUAUUUGAAAAUUAGUUAAAAACGACUUUGUAGAUUUUCAGAGCAGUACAAAUACAACAAAAGAUUAAGAGCCCUUUUUUUACACCCCAUGAAGUUCCUGAAAAUUGCGUUUGUUAUUUCACAUGGGUGUCCUCAGCCGGUCCUAAGCAUUGUGUUAAUUGCUUUUUAAUGAUGCUAUUAAAGGGAGGUUGUCCCUCACACCCCAGCACACCUGUACAAAUGAUAACUAUAGGUUGGCUGUGGUGGGAUUGAUCUCAACACAGAGUCAUCAUCAUAUUGUUGAUUAAAUGAUGGGGGAGACACAGUUUGUUCGUGGUGCAAUCAACCUGUCGAGUAUUUUUUUAACCUCUGUGUAACUCCAGAUGAUGCAUAAAAACACAGACAUAAAAAGCAGUUAUUUAUGUUUAAUAUUCCUGCAAAAAUCAUCUUUAGGCAUGACUACAGUAAAAAUUUGGUAAUAAUUUAUCACUGGGUGUGUAACAACAUGAUUCCUGAAUUUGAAUACUGUUUCAUUACUUUUUAGCGGACUACUGAAUCAAAUUUAAAAAAAUAUGUAAAUGUAAGUUUGAUAAAUUAAUAAAAUUCCUUCCAGUCGUUAACUUUUUCCAACUUUUAAUCCUUGCAACAAUUGCCAUUAUGCUCCCAGUAAUUUUUGUUCAUUGUGUCGUCUACUUCUGUCUAAAGCUACUUUCCAAAGUAAUCAGCCAAAAAAAUAAUAAUAAAUUGAUUCAAUUUUAAACCUGGUAAAAAUACAAAUGACAAUGCAGAGAAAACAGAGAUUUAAAAACAAAGCAAAACCAGAAAAAAAACAACAGGCUUUGGUCUUUUUUAAUUCUACAGAGCAGUUGCUUAAAGUCUGAUAUAGGCCUGAGCAAUUUGGCCAAAAAGAUGAUUACGAUAUACUUUGUCAUAUUGUCCGAUCUCGAUUGUGAUCCCGAUUUUUUUUAAACUGACAGUUUUAAAGCAUCUUUACUUAAAACUAAAAAAAUAAAUAGAUAAAAACUAAAUGAGAAGUUCAAUAACUUUUCUUCUCAACAAUAACAUCUUUGGAGGAUGACUCAAAGUCAUGGCUGACAUCUAUUUUACUGCACUCAGCUCCACGUUCGGUUACUUUGUUUACUUUUCCAACAACUCACAGAAAGCUCGACUCUGAUUGGCUGUUGUGGUGCACAUUUUCGCCAUGUUUGAUCAAGUAAAUAAGCUCACAGUUGAUCACGGUGAUCGAACUGAAGUUUAUUACGAUCAUAUAAUUGCGCAGUCCUAGUCUAAUAUUUGUUUUUCCCUGACAGUGUCUGAAAACCAUUGUUUUGUAGAACAGCCAGUGUCCACUGGGUUAUCCUGGAGCACCCGUGUUUGACUUGGAAAAAAGGGACAGAGACAGGGAAAAGUGUACGGACUGCGCACACUCGUGACCAGGCAUUUCAGCAGCCGCAGCAGCAGGAGACCUCGCCAGCUCCAGUCCAGAUUAGAUAAGCAGGAAGUGCUGAAUCGGUUUCUCUACAUGCCUCCUUUGGUACACUGGGGCUGUAAAAGUCAGUCCCUCAGUUUGAAGAAGUGCUGAUUGAGGCAUAUUUGAACAACCAUGCUGAUUAUAGAUAUCAUGCAAACAUGCCAGCUUUUAAUUAUUCGAGGCCAGACGUUGGACUGUAUUGGGAGAAACAGUGGCAGAGACGUUAAGUGCCUCCAAAGUAAAAAAAAAAAAAAAACACUUAUUGUCAGAGUGUAAAAAGACUGAUUCAGCACAUUUUACAUUCAAGCGGUGACAUUUUCAAGAGUGUGUCGCAACAGAAGAUAGAAUGACUUGUUUUGCAAAAUAUUCCUGAUGACAUGAAAUUUUUCAAACCUUCAGAUUUAGAUUUUUUUAAAUUGUUUUCUUUUUAAAUGUUUUGUUAUAUUUAUAUUUAUUUUAUUUAUUUAUUUAUUUUUUGCAAUUUUUUUGUCUUUAUAGAAAGGAUAGAUUGGAAAUAUGGGGAGAUAGAGAGAGAUGGGGGAGGACAUGCAGCACCAAAUGUGGAGUGUGCUCAGUUAAGAUUUUUUAAAUGGCCGACUUUCUCUCUUUCUCUCUCUUUUUUUUGAAGUGAUCCAGUGUUGAAGUGAACUUUUCUCUGAUUAUAUCCCAUCAUCAUUCUUAUUUCUUUUUUGCCCACAGCCACUGCGCCAGCGAGCCCCAGUCUGUCUCAGCAUACGAGGCCAGCACGCUGCCACCCGUACAGUGGAUGAGGAUCGCCCAUGGACAGGCCAGGAGAGUCUGGCCCAGGAUGACCCCGAGAUGUGGGAUCUGCUGCAGAAGGAGAAGGACAGGCAGUGUCGUGGCCUGGAGCUCAUUGCAUCAGAGGUGAAACAUUUUUCACUGACUCUAAUUAUGUCUUUAUUUGGAAAAUUAAUUUGACUUUCAUGUUAUGUGGUUAUUCAAUAGUACAGUGGGGCAGGAAAGGCAAAGGGGCUGUAAAAUAAAGGAAGAUCAACUUAAAGCUCUUAAACCUGAUUGUAAACUGAUUUUGGUGCCAGGGUAACUUGAGUGCAGUUUGGUUGAUUGUAAAGAUGUACUCAAGACAGAUUACUUAACAGCGGAGAUAUUCAAAUUGAAAAUUACCAAAUAGUAAGGCACUCUCGUAAAGUUCCUUUAGCCUCUUGUCAGGCCUGAAAAUGUUGUUGCAGAAAUAAUUUAGAGCAAGGAUCUUAACAAAGAAGAGGAAUUAACAUUUCAGCAGCCUUGAGCUGAAUAUAAAGAACCAUCUUACUGUACGAUUGUAUUUUUUCUGAGUUGACUUUUUCCUAAAGAACAGUUUGUUUAAACACUUAAUCAAUGCCCGUGGGAACUGGCAAGCACACCCUCUUUAUGUUGGCAGUGCAGGGAGCCGAGAAUGCUUCAUCACCUGUGAUUAACAUUUUGACAAAUGGGAUGAAUGAACAUGCUUGCUAGAUUUAUGGCUCUCUUAUUCUGGCUGUAUCUUUUUGUGCUCGCUGCAUUGAUAGUAAAACCCUUAUCAGAGUUUUAUCAGGCCUCCUAUUUCUUGAUAAAUACAGCAUGAGCUGCACAUCCAGUACAACAAACAAUAGGAGUACUGCAUUCUGAAUUCAUAUCCCGAAUAUGUGGAUCUAGUUGUUUCUUAUAUUUAUUCCAAAAUCUUCCACUGCUGUUUUUUAAAUAUUUUAUUGCAGAAACCUUGAAUUGUUUUUAUCUUUCCAAGUGCUAGACUAGUGAGACAAUGACCUUCUGGCUCCAGAAUUCAAAGGCUAAAAUGGAUAUCAUUAACUCUGACAUGUGCUGGGUUAAAAAAAACCCACUCUAAAUAUUUCUUACUUGGCUUUUAUUAUAGUCAAAACAUCCAAAGCAGGAAGCAGUGGAUUUUGUGUGAAAGAACAGCCCUGUGUUUAUAGAACCAUUCCCUUUGGCAGCUAUUUGUUUCUAUCCUGAGGCUGAAAAUUUUCACCAUCCAAAAGAUCAGGCAGGGCUUUAUCUUGUACUAUUCUUUCCCUCCCCUCCUGUUUCUUCUUUGCCACAGCGGUUGUUCAGUGGAGUAUGUCGCCUCCCCUCCCCACAAAAAUACCUGACCGCUCUAGUGUGAGAUAAAGCUGAUAUCUUCAUCCUGCCUUUCCCUCCAACCGCACUCUGCAAGGCACAUCAGCUCAGAGAGGCAUUCCUCAAAUGAAAAGACCUGCCUUCUCACACGUUGAUCUACACACACAAUGUAGCUCAAGUGUAAAGACAAUGAGAAGCACGUGCAUUUUUUUCACUGUUUUAUGCACAAUCAACAGCGUGACAGGCAGCAGAGAGCUGCUACUGGAGCUGUGAACUUCCUUGAUCCUCUCUUGGCCUAGGAUUGGGUUAGGUGAAGCAUUAGCAUGAUCACAUUCUCCGCAGAAACAUAUGUGUCAUCUCAACGCAGGAAAGAGGCAAGACUCAACCUUACUGUGUGUGUGUGUCAGGUCAGACCCUUUUACUGGCCACUUAGUGUGAUAGUAUAGAGAAUGAGUGUUGUGUCAGGAGGCCAUUCAAGGAUCACUUAUGGUCAGGUCCAUAAGUCUUAAAGAGACAGCAGCGAAAACGAAGCAUUUCAGACAAAGGCUGAAAUAAUCAUAUUUUAAUGCACCAGAGUGAGAAAGACAAGGCUCAUUUUGAUCUGAUCCGACAAUCACAUAAAGCUAUUCAAGAGGAAUCAGGAAAAAAUAAUAAUAUAAUUAUAUAAAUAUAAUAUCUGCUCUUUUAAGCUUAGGGCAUUAUUUACUAUGUGAUUCACUGAUUUGUUCAAACAGCAGCCCUGGAGCCAAACGUUUAAGGUUUACUUUAGACACAUAAGACAAAAAAAAUCUUCACAAUUUUAAAGCUGGAAAACUUCCUUCAAGGCUUAUAGCAAUACAAAAGUAGAAUUUCAUUUCAUGUGUAAAAUGAAAUAGGGCUGCAGCUAUCGAAUAUUUAAGUAAUCGAGUGUUUUACGGAAUAUUCCAUCUAUUAAUCAAGUAAUGUGAUAAAACAUCAUUUUUUGUGCAAUUAUUAAUAUAAGUGCAAUUAUUAAAAUACAAGAGAAAAUAAGACAUUUAACUUAAUAAUGAACAAUCAAUUGUUAACCUUUAUUAGAAACAAGGAACACGGAACAAGUGCGUGUAUUAGCGGAUUACAAUACUCGUAAGAAAGCCUGUUAUGAUAUUAAUUUAAAUCAUGUCCCCAAAGACAUUAGUGUCUAAGAGCUGAAUAGCUCCUAUGUUACCUGCCACUUCUACUACACCGGCAAUGUUAGACUACAAGCUAACGUGAAGAGGAGUGUGAAGAGCAGCGCUGUCUCCGCCCACAACUCAGAGGUGAAUUGCUAAUAAUCUACUGGAGCUCUGCAGAAGAAAAGCCCCUCUCAUCAUUCAUUUUUUCCACUCCGCAAAUACAAAACCGCGUUUACUCCUCCUUCUAGCGUGGUGACGUAAACGUGUUGUGUCACCUUGAAAAUACUCCCUGCGAAACAGUGACGAUUUGAGCUUAUAAACGAGUGCUCGAGGCAGAGAAAAUUCCUCCAUCAUUUUUGUGAUUGAGGUACUCGAGGAAUUGUUUCUGCCCUAAAAUUAAACGUUCCAGUAAACCACAGGGAUCUACUGAAGCAACAAAUUUUCAAGUGGAUUAAAUAUCCACAGCCCUACUACCAGUGAUGAUGCUGUGCAUUAUAUAAAUAUUUAACUCUACGACUUGUCCUGGAAACCACAGACAACCCAUGACUGAAAACUUUGAGGGGAUCUGAAUCCCAUUUUGCAGCAAACAUCCUUACUUAAAUGUGUUUUUGUCAGAAAAAGGCCACACGUGUAUACAUCUAAAGAUGAGCAGCAAAGUUUACUAUAUUAUCUUUGUGUCCUCCAGCAGUGAAGCAAUCAGGAUUGUGAAGUGCAGAGUGUUAGUCUAUGGAAGUCCAGAGGUUCAAUACAGUAAUGAUUGCCUUUAGCUGGAGGGGGAUUUCUCACUAUCACUUAACAGACUUUAAUUUGCGGUCCUUGUCCCUUCUGUCUACUCGUGCCAUUGAUCCAAGGGUAUGUGUGUUUGCGCUUGUGUGUGUUUGUGUGUAUGUGUGUUUGUGUGUGUGUGUGUGUGUGUGUGUGUGUGUGUGUGUGUGUUUUCUCACCACAGAAUUUCUGCAGUCGAGCAGCUCUAGAAGCUCAGGGCUCCUGUCUGAACAACAAAUACUCUGAAGGGUACCCAGGGAGAAGGUGAGUGUGUUGACUCAGUUCCGCCUCGCUCAUUAACACCGUUGAUACUUUCUGCUUUAGGGUAGUUUUACACAAAUGCACAGAAAGAUAGUUAUCUGUAUAUUUUUCGUUUCAGCCCUUUUAAUGACAGCCACACAGCCAACAAUCCACAGCCCUGCCUCUCACACAAAGACACCUGAGGGGGAACACUGAAAGAUUGUAGUACAAAGGCUAACCGCUGCACAUUGACUUUUGCCUUAUUUCUAUUUUCUGUUAUUUCCCUCGGAUAUGUCACAGUCAUCUGCAGCAAACAGAGAGCUGACAUGUUUUAAAACGUUACUCAUUUGAUCCCUUUGAUUCCUACAACAUAAACCAACCGUAAACCUCCUUCCCACUGAACCUGACAUUUUUUUCCCCCUCUCCCCUUCGUUCUACUCAUCUGCUGGUUUACACUUUAAUGUAAUGAAACAAAAGAGUGAUCUCACUGAACGAGUGGUUUGCACAGAGGCCAUCUGUUGCUCCUUCAUCUGUAAUUACACUGAAAAGGACUGACUGACAAGCAUUUUCACCCGAGAUGUCCCAGAUCUGUUGUGCUAGCUCCUGGUUAACAUUUAUCUUGAUUACUGUACAUGUUUAUCAUCAACAGUGCAGUUUGUGAAAGGCACUGCUGAUGCUGAAUUACUGUAAAGAAUGCAGCAGUAUAUUUCAAGCUAUUUCAGACUGUUUUUAACGGCUCAUUGGCAUCUCACCUGGCUCACUCUAGACCUUGUGUCAAGAGGUAACAGUCUGCAGCUGUUUCUAUGAACAAAUCCCGAAAAAAGAGGCUGUGUCGAACUUUGUUGUUAAAAAUGUCACAGACAAAAACAUAGGGGAGGGGUUGAUAUUUGACUUACCUCGCUAAUUAGCAGAAACAAAAAAAACAACAAACACCUCUAAACAAGCGAUUAUUUUCUUCAGCAACUUCUGACACUAGUAAGUAUUUAAAAACAGGUGUGAAAUGUCAAGUCGUUUGUUCAUUACUCGUCUGCUGCUCCCAAGUGACCAAUUCGCAGGUUUAGUCUGGUUCGUUAUUGCUGGUUUAAUUUGAUGCAAUACUAUUCACAGGUCUGAAAAAUAACCUAAAGGUGUUUUUUUCCUCCCUAUACCUCACUUACAGAUACUAUGGCGGAGCAGAAGUGGUCGACCAAAUCGAGCUGCUGUGUCAGAAGCGAGCCCUGGAAGCCUUUGACCUGGACCCGGCUCUGUGGGGUGUUAACGUCCAGCCAUACUCCGGUUCUCCCGCUAACUUUGCGGCCUACACCGCUGUACUGAACCCCCAUGACCGCAUCAUGGGUCUGGACCUGCCCGACGGAGGACAGUCAGUAAUCACCCUGUCACUUGUUUUCUGCAACCCUCACACUUCUCUGAGCUGACCCAGUUCUAUUUCAGUCAAAAUGAGUAUUUUUCAGCACAUCAGUGAACUAAGAUAAUGUUCUUUCCUGUCAUGUAUCAUGUUGUUGGAAAUUAUUAGGAUGUGUUUGUGCUCGUUGUCUUCAUUUUUCCUUUUUUGUCCCUGCAGUCUGACCCACGGCUACAUGUCCGACGUGAAAAGGAUCUCCGCGACCUCAAUCUAUUUCGAGUCCAUGCCCUAUAAACUAAAUGUAAGUAAAGACUCGCAGAUUUCAACUACAACAAGUUGUGGACUUUGUUUUCAUGCUUGUAGUAAACAGUCCAUGAUACUCACAAUGUGACCAAUCAUAGCAGAUCCAACAUGUUUUCCACCAGCACUGAGAAAAGUGCUAUAGGGUCCCCUCAGAUCUGAGUUAGCAUGUACAUAUGAUCAGUCCUCCAUGUACUGGUGCGCAGUAUUUUAUCCUGAGGUCAUCGUCAUGUGGUAGUCAUGUGGUAGUGUCGGUAACAGCUGAUGGAUGGCCGCGAGCGUCUGCAUGUCCAGACCUGCUGAUGUAUGGGCAGGCAGGACCCCUCUGCGAGAGAGAUAAUGGGAAAUCGACAGGCUGGCCAGCACCACUGGCUCUGUCUUCACAAUGAGCAGCUUGAUGGAGUGAGGGGGCAUCCAUAGAUGUGCUCUGGAGAUGGGAGAUUAUCAGGUUGUCUAAAUAAAGCUCUCCCUCCUCCUUUUUUUCUCUCUUCUUUUCGAAUCUGUCUCCCACUUAUCCCCCCAUCCUUUCUGUCUCUCACUUUGUUUUCCUGCUCUCUUUCUCUUGCCCGCAUUGUCUCAUCUCUCUGAUGCUCGGAGGAGGGGUAGAAAGCUAAAGCCGGAGAUUCAAGCGCAGUAUGCUCUCGUCAUGGAGCCGUCUCCAUUUUACAUUGUGCAAAAGUACAACCCCCGAACAAAAGCUUAUCUAACAUAUUUCUAAAAUUGCUGAUCCCUGAAAAGAGCAGGAAAGUCUCCAAACUAACCUCUGAUCAGUUGAGCCUCAUCAUAAAAGCAAGGUACAUCUCUGAAAGGUUGAAUAAGGAUAAGUAAGGGUACAUUACUGUAAUGUCUCCAUCUUCCCUCACAUUUUAAGUUGAAGUGUCUCUCUCCGAUAAAUUUCCUCCCCCUUUUAAGGUAGCCAAAGUACUUCAAAUGUAACGGCAUAAAAUGAUUUUCAAAUGGGAAAAAAAAUCUCUCCUCUGUGAUGAUAUGUUUGCUCUUGAUCUUCAGGAUGUCUGGCAACUUUUUUGAUCCUUUCAUGCUCUGUGUUUCCCUCCCUCUGACCCUUACUCUCCCUCUAAUAUUCUCAUUUAUUCAUCCUCCACUUCUCUCCUCCUCCUCCUCCUCUGCCUCUUUUAAAUCCCCUCAAUCUAUCUCUCUCUCCAUCUAUUUGCAGCCUGCAACAGGACUCAUAGACUACGACCAGAUGGAAAUGACGGCCAAGCUGUUCCGGCCCAAGCUCAUCAUCGCUGGCACCAGCGCCUAUGCCCGCCUCAUUGACUACGCCCGCGUCAAGAAGGUGCAUGAGGAACUCUCUCUGUGUUCACAGCUCACUCGGUUUCACCCCAUUUUUUUUCUCACCUGCUACCUUUUUCUCCACUUCUCAUUCUUCUCAUUACGAAGGUCAGAGCAGCUUUUGUCCUCUUAUUUAAAACUCAGUCAACCUUCGCUGAACUGUCACACACACCUGUUUCCCUGAGCAAAGAGGUCAGACCUCAUCACAGUCACGCCCAACCAAAUCUUUGCUUACUAGAAGAAAGCAGAGUGCUCUGAAUGACCAAACGUUCCCCAUCAUGCAGCAACACUUUUUAGGGACGGACCAUUUUUAGGGUCUUUCAUGCUAGCACUCAAUAACACAGAUGCUUUCUUCCUCUCUUGCCUACUCAAACAAACCAAACAUACUGACUCACUAGUCCACAGCGGCAACUUUUAACAGCACACUUCAUCGCCCUCUUUGAAAGUGCACAAGAGGCCCCUUUAUCUGUUUUGUUAUACCCACCCGCUGGUUCCCGUCAUUCACUCCAUGACUGCCUCCCUUUGUUGCAGAGCUCCACUUUAGCUAGCACCAUCAGAUGGAGUGUCCCACCAUUACAGAGCUGUGUUUUUAUUAAGCACCAUUACUACUUAGCCACCAGGCCUGAAGUGGGGCCAUAUUUUCCCGCUGGCAUGUCUCUGUGGAACUGUUCGCUGUUUUAUGGCAGAAUCUGCUGGCCCGGGCUCCUCUCCAGAAUUUCACUGUUGUGUUACCUAGAUGGGAGCAGGCUUCUGUUUUUUUGUUUGUUUGUUUUUUUCUUUCCACCAGUGUUCGUCAGCUAGCACAGAUCAGAUCACCCUGUUGCAUUCUUCACUCCCUCCAGUAACCCUGCCAUCUUUCCUGUGUUCUUAUCUAAUAAACAUCCGCUGAUCCAGUUUCGAUACGGGAUGAAGGGAGAUUUUUAUGAUAAUACAUAUUAAUUGGAGCACUAAAAAGACUGCUCACUGCUCUGAUCGUUCGCUCAUUUGCAUCUUAGUGAGCUAUUUAUUGUUUGUGCCUCUCUCAAUAAAUGUUGGCAAGAGACAGCAAGGACUUAUUGAAUUACACUGUAAUGUAACAAGCCUCUGAAGACCGUCAAAGAGUGUAGAAACAACAGCUCUGAUCUGGAAUAUCUGCGCUUUGAGAGAACAGGUACUGCCAAGCAGCGUAGAGUUACUCCUCAUAUCUUAACAGUGUGGAAGAACGUGGAUACAGCCCCACCAAUGAGACUCUAUCGUACUUUCAUAGAUAGAGUUAGGUCACUGAUUGGUGAAGUUACACGAAUUUAUCAGCUUAAUAGAUUAGCUUUAGAGAUACUCUAUCGCUGUCCGAUAAAAAUCACGUAUCUCCUCUUUUUUCAGUAUAUAUAUGGUCCAUAAUCUUCCCUAACAACCUGUAGUUUUGGGUUUCCAAAUGACCGAUGGAAAGACAUUUUAUAACAUCAUCUUUUCAACAAGUAUCUCCAUUGGGUGUCGGAAGUGUCAACAAAGCCCGUAUCUCCGGCCUGGUUCUGCGUUGUCAUGACAGCAAACAGACUUUACACUGUGACAGACUCAUAAUAGUCCAGGGUAAUGUUACACUAAUGUCCUCACAUCAACUGAUGCCGACCUCAAACUUUGUUCAAUCCAUGGCAGUGUUGUUUACCUGUACGUUAGAUUUCUUGAGCUGCUGCUGUUUUGUCUCUCACACUGGGUCGUGGACACUAGUUCAUGUUAAAUUGGGAGUCGCCACUCAAAAAGGUUGACAACCAAUGUGCUAUGUGGAAAUAUAGGAUAGCCUGCUAUCAAUAGUUUAUUGACAUAAUGGGACAGAAACAGGAUACUAAGAGCUCGUAAAUAACGUCAUUGGAGGGCAUUAUUAAAAAAAUAUGUAUGUCCACUAUCACUCACAACGCAAAGCACUUAAGUCCUUUUAAAAUAUCACAGGUCACUGAUGACUGUGUAAAUAUAGAUUUUGAUUUCGGGUCCUAGUUGUGUCUGAUUACAGUGUUUUGGGUUUAUUCCCUGUGGUAGUUUAUGAAUAAAAUUGUUUUUUAAUGUUCCUGAGAAAUACACAUUUUAGAGAUACGUGUUUUUUAUUGGCCAGUGACGAUAUACUAAAGGGUAUUAAAUAUAAAUAAAGCAAGGUCAUAAAUAUGUGCACAGUGGUUGCCUUUGCUCAUAACUCCAAAACACUGAAAACUGAGACUGGAGCUCAAGCGCUGACCUUUAGUUGAAGGGGAGCUGAAAUGUACUUUGUGUGUCUGUAUCGGGUUAGCAGUGAAGACUGUCCCCUUUAAAGUGCCCCAACCCUGUUUUAAAUGACCAGACUGAACACGGCACCUUGCUUAGAUAUGUGAAUAAGGAACUAACCCUUAUAAUUGACACGUGAGCUAAAUGUUUUCACUCUGUUUGUCACCUGAAAGUAGGAGGUUAUGAUUCCCACAUUGUUUUUUUUUUCUUUUUCACGGGGAAUAGUCAAAUUAAACACAAAGUCAGCAGUCACCUCUUUCACAGUUUUAUUUCACACUGUAAAAGUGUGUCACCGCCUCAACACUGACUGAUUGCACUUCAUUUCACAGGUAACAUGAACAAAUGCUUAGAAAUGGCAUUUUCCAUGUAUAAACUAAAUCAUCUCAAAGAAUGAAUUAAUAGACUAAUUUUGUGUUGUCCCUUCUUUCCCCUCUUUGCCUCUCAGCUGUGCACUGACAUCAAGGCCUACUUGCUUGCUGACAUGGCCCAUAUCAGCGGGCUGGUGGCAGGAAAAGCCAUCCCCUCUCCUUUUGAUCACGCAGACCUGGUGACCUCUACCACACACAAAUCCCUCAGAGGAUCCAGGUAAGAACAUGAGGAGUGUCAGGAAAAUUUCAUGAGAACUCCUGGACUGAUGCCACUGAAGUUAGAGUGCAUGCAAAGAGGCUUAGGGCAUUAUUCUAUCUCUCUUUCACAAAUCAAAUCGACAUUUUUUGUCCCAUUGUCCUGCCUCAUCAGAGCUGGCCUCAUCUUCUACCGUAAGGGUGUUCGCUCAGUGGACAAGAAGGGGAAGGAGAUCAUGUACGACCUGGAGGACAGAGUCAACUUCUCGGUUUUCCCCUCCCUGCAGGGUGGACCACAUAAUCAUGCCAUCGCUGGUGUGGCUGUCGCACUCAGACAGGUCAGCACAGUGCAAAAACCAACUCAAUCAUCUCAUCUCAAUGCAACAGUCACAUUUUAUUUGCAAAUGUGACACUUUAUUACCUUGGUUGCUUUUCUAAAUAAGAAGGAAUCACUCAAAACUGAGACAAAAUUUUACUGCUGAGAUGUUUUGAUAUAGAAUAGAACCAGUGAUAGAAGACACCAAGAAUACAAUAAAACAGUCAGCAAAAUAAACUGCACCAAGACAUUUAUAUUACUGUCAAAACAACCUGUCGACCAGAAUGUGUUAGAGGCUGCAAAGGAUAAUUAUGAUUAUGUGAAAAGAGCAUUUACACUAUAGAAGAAAUGUUUAUGCAGCCUUUUUCUUUUUUACUGCACUUAGUCUUUCAAUGAUCAACACUUGACCAAAGAAUAUUAUUCUUCAGGUUGAUUGUUGUCCCUACCAGAGAGUAACUCAACAUUUCAAUCACAACAUAUAAUGUAAAAACAAUGUGUAUCUUAUCAAAGCUGCUGUGAGGAAUUUUUGCUUUGUGUCCAUUUUUGUGUCUCUUGUGAAAAGAGAUGUCUGUUUUAUCAAUCUGCUACAGGGGAGUAAUUUCCAACAAAAAUCUCAUCCUUAUCUUUUCAACUGUCAAAUUUCUCAUUUAUUGUGAGUAGUUGGUGUUGAAUAUGUAGAAGAGGCUUCUUAAUCGACUGGUAUAACACAUAUGUCCUUGUAGCAUGUUUGAGCAUUAAAAAAGUUGAGAAAUUGUUGAUUUUGUUUGCUUUUGUAGAACCUAAAGAGGCAACAAAAUCAAUUUCAGUGUUUUCACAACUAGUUAGCCUAGGAAUAUUUAGCACUGCUAAACUACAGAAACAUGAUAGAUCUCUGGUUGUUUUCUCAAUCAUAGCUCAACAGAAUCUAACUCAAACAUUAUUGCUUCCUCUAACUUAACCCUGUUCAUCUUUUAAUGUGUGUGUUUGUGCAGGCACAGUCUCCUAUGUUCAGGGAGUAUAUCAGCCAGGUAUUAAAGAACGCCAAGGCCAUGGCUACCGCUCUCACCGGCAAAGGCUACACCCUGGUGUCAGGUAAUCAAACUAAUAUUUAAGCAUUCUUCUUUUCAUUCUCUGUCAGACGCUGGCUCAGCAAAUGGCAACAGAAAAAAAAACAAUAAAAAAACAACACACCACAGAGUCAAUGAAGAGAAAUGUCCUGUCACAAAAUGCAAAUUGCAGGAUGGAAUAAAAACAGAAAAGCAUUUAAAUUCAUGAUGUGCAAAUAGGCUAAUGUCAGUGUGGCUGUCCUGUCAGUCAGGGAAAUAAAACCAGAUGAAAGUGGUCACUUUCUGGCUGUGAGCAGAUGCUCCAGUCUUGUACUGCAUUUAAUUCUCUGGCCUCAGCUCUUUUUUGAUGUAUAGCCUUCAAGUGGUAGCUUAAAAAACACAGACUUUUCCUGUGCUUACACUGCAUUAUGUGCACGCGUCUCUUUUUCAAUCUUUUCAUAGACAGGUGGAAAAAAAAAGAAAAGCAGUAAAAAAAGGUGGCAGUUAUGUGCUGAAACCCAGUAUGAAACUUGUCAAUUUGUAAAAAGGAGUAUCUAAUCACUCAAUACUGUUGCACUUUUUGGUUUUAACAAGCGUGUAAAUCAUCAGAGCAGUAAUGUAGUCUCUAAAACUAGCGUAGUCUGAUACAACAGCUGAAGGUUAGGGUUAGGGUUGUUAUAUUCACUACCUGUUCAAUCUGUUCAGAAGUGAGGCAGCUGAGGAUGGGAUCUGUUCAGCUGCAGUCCUGAACUUUGUUCAGUGUUAAAUUUUAUGAAGCCUACCAUCACCGACUCAAACAAAAUAAAAGAAAUGCCUCUUUAACAAAACAGUUCCAGCAGCAGGCCAAUGCCAAGGGUAUGUUAGAUGUUUAAACUCAGUUUCAUUAGAACAAAUUGGAGAGUUCAGUUUAAAUAGCAACAGUAUUCCCAUCUGUCAAACCUUAAAGGGGAAAUUUCUGAUUUGUUCUUUGGUUGUAUGGAAUAGUUACACAUGGUCAAAAUCUAAAGUAGAGGAUCACUGUGAACAAAGGCAAAAUAAUCAAAUCAGUAGAACCUCCUGCUGCAUGAAUUUAAAUGUUCUAGGUUAAAGAAAACAGAGUUGCAUAAAAAUGCUUUACAGAUAAACAUGCACUAGUGAGCCGGAAAGGUAAAGACAGGAAGCAUUACUGACUUGACUGAACUUUGGCUUUAACUGCAUAAAUAUAGUGAAAGUACUUCAUCAUGUUAAAUAUUAUUGGAUUAAUGGCCUUAAACUGAUCCACGUCUAAAAGCCCCAGACUUUUCCUCUUCUAAUGUCGAACUUUUGCUGAAUAUUUCAGGUGGGACCGAUAACCACCUGGUCCUUGUGGACCUUCGGCCCAAGGGCAUCGAUGGUGCUCGUGCGGAGAGGGUGCUGGAGCUUGUGUCAAUCACUGCCAAUAAGAACACCUGCCCCGGGGACAAGAGCGCCUUGACUCCUGGAGGCCUCCGGCUGGGUGAGGAAGCUUCACAUUAUACCACAUUUUCUGAGUAUUCUGAGUCUGAACAUUGUGAAUAGUAUGAUCAGAAAUCAUAGAAAGGCUGUCUUUUCACUUAAUUGGUCCUCUAACACUAACGAAAUGUGGCUCUGCAUAUGGAAAUUAGCAAGUUACCAGUUAAGCCACAAGCACUGAGCACAUCAUGAUUAAUUAAGCAUGUUUGGCUUUUUAAUCAUCUCUCAGGAAGUUCACAAGCUCUGCUUCUCUUCUGCCACAUUUAGCAUUGUCUUAAGGCAAGGUACUUCAUCUACACUGAAAUGUGCUGCUCUCCUUUUCUUAUUAUCAUUAUUAUUACAUCUCGGUGACCUAUAAGCAUCAAUGUCGUUCUAACAUGUGUGCAUAAUCAUUACUGAAAUGUCAAAAGCUGCAGGGUUCUGUUAUUCCUCUGAAGACCAUAUGGCUCCUUACUGAUAAAAAAAUGAUCAGAGACAGUUGGACCUGUGAAAGUGAAAGCAGCCUUUCCCUGGGUGGAAAACUUAUUAAACAUCCACCAGCCAUUAUUGGAUAAAUCUUAAAACUCACCAGCAACUCAAUCAAUCUUAGUUUUGUCUAUCAAAUCUACAAGCAUUGCGUGGGUAGCAGUGUGAUUCAAAUCUGAUAAAAAAAAAGUUUGAAUGUUAAUCUGGACAUUUUGUCACUUUGUUCCCAGGUGCCCCAGCUCUGACCUCCAGACAGUUCAAAGAAGCUGACUUUGUGCAGGUUGUAGAGUAUAUGGAUGAGGGCUUCAAAAUCGCCAUGGAUGUCAAGAAGAAGACAGGUACUGUGACAACAGUGGGAGAUCACAAUUUAAUGAUGUUUAGUAAAAACAUACCUUAUUUUUUAUAUUACUAUAAGACAGAUUAUGAAACAAUAAUUGUAUUUGUAAUUAAAAAUAGCAAGAAAGUGCAGUGUUCUGUUUAAAUUGAAUUGUUGCAUGCAAAUGCAUGAAAGGAAACAAAAAGCCUGGGGGGUAAUAAAACAAAGGAAGCCAGAGAAAGGAAAACUAAGACCUUCCACUUUCUUCUCCAGGAAAGCUCCAGGACUUCAAGAACUUCCUUCUCCAGGACCCUGAGACUGUGGCUCGCAUUGCUGAACUGAGGCACCAUGUUGAGGCUUUUGCCAGACCCUUCCCCAUGCCAGGCUUCCAUGACCAUUAGGAAAGCCAAUAAAGUGUUGAAGGGGGAGGGGUGGCAGCCAGGUGGCAGAAAGCUGGCUGGCCAGAAGCAUACACAGAAAGGGGGCAAAAAAUAUCAUGGCAGUGAAAUGUGGCUGAUGACUCACUACUCCCUUUUUUUUCCAACCAGAAUUUAGAAACCACAUCUUUUUAUACUUCUCUGCAAUCAUUCAUCAAUCUAUUCUUGUAAAAAAAAAAACAUUGCCUCCAUGCUGAGGUGAGGAAACAAUAAAAUUUGACAGAUUUUUUUAGAGCUAAAGAACCUAUUUUUAUUGUAUGUCUUACGCCAUCUGAACUGUUUGUAUGGGAGGAAAAUAUCUUAACAUGUCAAACCAACAAGACAGCUCUCACUCUGACUUGAUUAGUGUCUAAAUAGAUGUGACAAGCUACACAGGUGAGUCUUAACCCUGUAAAGAGUCUUAACUAAUAUCACUAAUGUAGAUGUUAAAGAAAUGUGCAUGAUGUGUUCUCUCCUGUCAUUUUGUGUUUGACACCAAGUACACAAAGGGGCUAAUGGGGUGAAAGCAUAAUGCACCUAAAAUGUUUUGUUUUCCUUUUGAGCACAAUUUUUUGGGAAUCAGAAAUUUAGCCAAAAUGUUGUCAGAUUAUCAUUUUUGAAAGGAUUUUUUUCAUUGAAAAAAAAACAAACAAACUUGUCUCAGAUGUGUCAUAGCCCUGCACUGAUUGUAACAGUGGCUGGACUUAAUAAGCUUAACACCUUUUAGUAGACCUCAGUCCAGUUAAGUUACACUACAAACUAUAGUCAGAGUUUCAGACAGGCAUCCAUAACGAAGAAAGAUUUUUUCUCUUCAAUUGCAUUUUCGUAAAAUAUAUCCACCUUAUGUGAAAAUCUAUUUUUAAAUGGUGUUUUUGGUUUAUGCUGCUGUGAUUGCAUCACCCCUUUCACAGAUGACAGUUUUUAAUUGCUGAACAUGUUGUUAUGAAAUAACCAAAUGAAUUUAACUGAAAUCGCAGCCUGGACUAUUGAGAAAUCUUCCUUUAAGAGUGUUUACAAAGAGUGUAAAUCUUGAUAUAUUAUUUAAAAAAGAGUUAACUAUUGUGUCAGUCAUUUUACAUUAAUCUGAAGGUCUUAACACCAGCUAUGUUGUACUUGAAACAGUCCAAGUCUUGUCUGAUGCCUGAAUUUGAUAAAGGCUUUGUGUAUUAUUUAGUUGUGCAUGUGGUUCACACAUUGAAACUGUUUCCAUUAUCACUGCAUCAGUGACAAAGUACGGUUUCUAUUUGGGAAAUGGUCCUACUGCACCAUUGACUGAAGGGUGUUAGAAAUGCUGUGGUUAUACUGACACAAAAACACACAAAACGCACAGAACAGCGUCUAACGUGAGCCAACCAUGUUUCUCCAUCAUCACAACCUGUUGACAGCCAAUAGACUAGAUUUUGCCAAAAUAUAUCAUGUUUUUUGUACAGCAUUCAGUGUUGAAACUGUUUUAUUUCUUUAUAUGUGGCCAUCCAUUUUACAUAAACCCAACUUCUAGCCAACUUUUGUUGCAGUACACGUUAUCAAUUAACAUUUAAUUAGAACGAAUUGAGUCUCAAUAAAGUAUUAUAAUGCAAACAAAA